GGCGGCCCGGCACCUGGACCGGCGUCCACGCGGGCCCGCAGUACCUGCGGCGAGCAGAGGGGCGGCCGACCCCGCCCCGCCGUCAGGGGCAGCAGUUCCUGCCGACGUCCACAACGCCACCCGGUUCCCCUGGACACGUCCACACUGAACUGGGGAGUAGCGUCUGACAUGGGUGUUACAUGAGCCACUGUCAGGGCCGCGUGGAGCGUCUCCCUCGGUGAGCUACAGGAAGAUGGAUGAGUCGGCCCUUCUGGACCUUCUGGAGUGUCCCGUGUGUCUGGAGCGGCUCGACGUCUCUGCCAGGGUCCUGCCUUGUCAGCACACGUUCUGCAAACGGUGCCUGCUGGGUAUCGUCGGUUCCCGCAACGAACUCAGAUGCCCCGAGUGCCGGACUCUGGUGGGCGCGGGCGUGGAGCAGCUUCCAAGCAAUAUCCUGCUGGUCAGACUUCUGGACGGCAUCAAGCAGAGGCCUUGGAAACCCGGCCCUGCGGGGGGCAGUGGCCCCAACUGCACAAACGCCUCGAGGGCUCAGAGCAGUGCAGUGGCCACUUGUAGCUCGAAAGAUCCACCUUGCCCCCAGGGUGGACAGCAGCCUCGGGCGCAAGCCUGGAGCCCCCCGGUGAGGGGAAUACCUCAGUUACCAUGUGCCAAAGCAUUAUACAACUACGAAGGCAAAGAGCCCGGGGACCUUAAAUUCAGCAAAGGUGACAUCAUCAUUUUGCGGCGACAAGUGGAUGAAAAUUGGUACCACGGGGAGGUCAACGGAGUCCAUGGCUUUUUCCCCACCAACUUCGUGCAGAUUAUCAAACCGUUACCUCAGCCCCCGCCUCAGUGCAAAGCACUUUAUGACUUCGAAGUUAAAGACAAGGAAGCCGACAAAGAUUGCCUUCCGUUUGCAAAGGAUGACGUUCUGACUGUGAUCCGCAGAGUGGACGAGAACUGGGCCGAAGGCAUGCUGGCAGACAAGAUAGGAAUAUUUCCCAUCUCGUAUGUUGAGUUUAACUCGGCGGCCAAGCAGCUGAUCGAGUGGGACCAGCCUCCCGCCGGGGGCGUUGGCGCUGGGGAGGGCGCCCCGGCCGCUGCCCCGAGCAGCGCGGCCCCCAAGCAGCCCGAAGCCAAGAAGAACACGAAGAAGCGGCACUCGUUCACCUCCUUGACCACGGCCAGCAAGGCGUCGCAGGCCACCCAGCAGCGCCACUCCAUGGAGAUCAGCCCCCCGGUCCUCAUCAGCUCCAGCAACCCCACGGCCGCCGCGCGCAUCGGCGAGCUGGCCGGGCUCUCGUGCAGCGCCCCCUCUCAGGUCCACAUAAGUACCACCGGGUUGAUUGUGACCCCACCCCCGAGCAGCCCAGUGACCACCGGCCCCUCGUCCACGGUCCCGCCAGAGGCCCCCUACCCGGCCACCCUUUCGACUAUGAAUCCUCCUCUCCCCCCGCCCCCUCUCCAGGCGGCCACCCCCAUGGGCGCUGUUGCUGCUUCCGGGCUGGGCUCCAGACCCGUGGCCGGACCCACUGACCAGACCGCACACUCACGGCCGCAGACGCGCCCCAGCGUGUAUGUUGCCAUUUAUCCCUACACCCCCCGGAAAGAGGACGAGCUGGAGCUGAGGAAGGGGGAGAUGUUUCUCGUGUUUGAGCGCUGCCAGGACGGCUGGUUCAAGGGCAUGUCCACGCACACCAGCAAGAUAGGGGUCUUGCCUGGCAAUUACGUGGCCCCCGUCACGAGGGCAGUGACCAGUGCUUCCCAGGGUAAAGUCCCCGUGUCGACCGCUGGCCAGACAAGUCGAGGGGGGGGACCGGCCAGCCCUGCCCCCGCAGGAGCGCCUGCCCAGAAGCCCCCGGGGAACGGCAUGGCCGGCGGUCCCGGGGUCCCCACCGCCGUGGUGUCAGCAGCUCACAUCCAGACGAGUCCCCAGGCCAAGGUCCUGCUGCACAUGUCCGGACAGAUGACCGUCAACCAGGCGCGCAGCGCUGUGAGGACAGUCUCAGCACACAGCCAGGAGCGCCCCACGGCGGCCGUGACGCCCAUCCAGGUUCAGAGCGCCGCGGGGCUGCCCCAUCACCCUCUGGCCUCGCCUCAGCCCCCCGGCCCGAUGGGCCCCCCUGCCCACGUGGCUGCUGGCAGCCUGGGCCGGGUCGGCGCCCCCCUGGCCUGCGCUGCAGCCCCGCCGAGCCUCCCCGCCGCCUCCCUGGAGACCGAGCCCGGCGGUCGCCCAGUGACCAUGCUCCCCGGGCCGCCCACCUCUCCCGACAGCGGCUCAGCGGCCAAGCCAGACAAGGACAGCAAGAAAGAGAGAAAGGGGCUGUUGAAGCUGCUCUCCGGGGCCUCCACCAAGCGCAAGCCGCGGGGGUCGCCGCCGGCCUCGCCCACCCUGGACGUCGAGCCGGGGGCCGAGCUGCUGCCCGGGGCCCCCGGCGCCCCCUGCGCCUGCCCCGGGCCCUGUGAUGCCGACGCCCCGGCCCCGGCCCCCGGCCCGCAGCGCCGGACCUGCUCCCUGGACUCGGCCCCGGUGGCGCCGCCGCCGCGGCAGCCCUGCUCGUCCCUGGGCCCGGCGGCCGGUGACGCGAGGCCUGCGGUCUGUGAAAGGCACCGGGUGGUGGUUUCCUACCCCCCGCAGAGCGAGGCAGAACUGGAACUCAAGGAGGGCGACAUCGUGUUUGUGCACAGGAAGCGGGAGGACGGCUGGUUCAAGGGCACGCUGCAGCGGAACGGGAAGACGGGCCUCUUCCCCGGGAGCUUCGUGGAAAACAUCUGAGGAGCCGCCGGGGGCGGGACCUCGCCCGUCACCGCAUCCAUCACAAGGCCCGCAGGGACCCGGGGCGGCGGGGCCAGGGUGCGUGCCACAUGCCUGGUCCUGUCUGAUUCACUCCACGGAGGAACCUUUUCUAAAAGGAUAUCUAGCUGAGACGGACAACUGUUUACAAGGCUUAACUAAUUUAUUUGCUUUUUUAAACUUGAAUUUUUCUUGUAAUAGAUAAAUUCUUUGGAUUAUGAUUUUAAGAAAUUAUUAAUUUAUGAAAUGAUAGCCAAGGAGAAGCUGGAUGAUCCCCUGUCGGGAGCAAGAGUGUGUCCUUGUUGCGGAUGCAGCCCCUGCCCCCCUGGGCUUCACCUCGGCUUCUUUGAGUCAGAGCUGCCCGUCCUCGGGUUUGGUUGUCUCCUUGGGAAACCGGGACACACAGGUGAAUCCGUGCCGCUGAGGGACCCCGGGGUCGCGAGGCAGGAGCCUGUCUCUCCGGUUGGGUUGGGAAUCCUUCCAAGACCAAGUCCUCAGUUUAACCUUGAACGUCUCUGAUUCCCUAGAAUAAGGAAGAAUAAAGCACAGCCCUUGGACAGCACAUGUUCAGAAAUAGAUUUAGUUUCCUAACAGAAGCGGCUCAGCUCGGUGGCUGGAAGUUGAAGAACCGAGGUUGCCACCUGUCUGUCUGAGGAUGGCUCUGAAUGUCAUCGCGCUGUCACCCUGGGGACCUGCCUGUGCAAUCAUGCAGGAGGGACCCUGCGAGGCGGCCCAGGCGUCCGUGUGGCUCUUCCCACACCCCCGCCCCCGAGGGGGGUGGACCCCCCCGCACAGAGGCCACGGGCAAUGCCCACCCGCCUGGGCUGGACCGGGCAGCCCCCCCUCUGCCCCAAACCAGGCCCUCCCCGGCUGUGACCCGGGCUCGCCGUCCCUCCAGGUGGCUGCAGGCGGGGCCUCAGGGCGGCGCCCCCGCUUGCAGGCUGGUGGGUGCAGGUGGGCGGGGCCCGCAUCCUGCAGCCCGGCCCUGACAGCCCACCUCCACCCUGUCUGGCCGCGCGGCCUGGGUCAGGGCUGCCCUCCAAACAGAACCAGGGAAUUGGGCUUGGCGACGUCAGAGACCAUGGCCACAGUUUUCUCAUGAAAAAGCAGACGCAAAAGCCUUUUUCAUUUUUUACUUUUAAGAAUUAUAGCUGGGGAAUCAAAAUGUAGACUGUGAGUCUUCUCACAGUAGCAAGCGGUUUCAUGGUCUUAAAGAGAUAUAUUAUGUGGUUGAAAUGAAAUCAUUCCUAAAUUAACCAUUUUUUUUUAUAAGACACUGUACAUUAUGUUCCUGUGUAUUGAAUUUUUUUAAAAAAUACUUUACUGGGAUAUUCAUGUAAUAUAUAAAGUUUUGGUGAAAUGAAAUUUAGCUAGAAACAAAGCUGCCAUCAGCUUUCAUCUGUGUAAGUUGACACCAAUGUGUCAUAAUAUUCUUUAUUUUGGGAAAUUAGUGUAUUUUAUAAAAAUUUUAAAAGUAAGAAGACUACUACUACAGGAUAAGAUCAUUUUUUUACCUGUCUUUUCUCCAUAUUUUAAGCUAUGUGAUUGAAGUACCUCUGUUAAUAGUUUCCUGGUAUGAAGUUGGUUAAAAUUUCAUCUGUUAAUAGAUCACUUAGAUAAUAUAAUGUAUGGGUUUUCUGUUGGUUUUUUUGGGCACAGUAGAUGGAGAUUUUGUAACAAGGGCUUGUUACACGGCGAUUAAGGUAAUGAUAAAAUUGCAAUUUAUUGUUCCUUUUCAUGUUAAUAAUUUGAAGACUGGAGAAAAGGUUCAAGAUUAAAAUUUGAUGUUCAGCCUU